UCGUUGAUUUUUAAUAUUCAUUUUAUGUAUGCAAUAAUAAUUUUAUAAAAUAAGAAUUGCAUUUUGGUGGAAAAAGUUUAAGUGAUUGUUUUUCUUUCUAUUUUAUAUUACAUUUGUUACAACUAGCAUAAAAAUAAACCAUGAACAAUGCUAGAUACAGUCAAAUAAUGAAAUUAGCUACAGUAGCAAAAGCUACUUUUAAAAUUGAGAGACCAUUCAAGUUACAUAAAUUAGAAAAAUGUCCAGCAUCCAUGGUAACCUUGACUUCAGAAGAAGCUAUCAAAAUUUACGAAAAGUUAGUGAUGUUACGACGAAUAGAGAAUGCGGCAAAUACAAUGUAUAAAGAGAAACUAAUCCGAGGCUUUUGCCAUUUGUAUACAGGUCAAGAGGCAGUAGCUGUGGGUAUACAUUCAAUGCUUCGGAAAGUAGACACAGUGGUGACGUCAUAUCGCUGUCACGGCUGGGCUCAGCUGAUGAGCGACGACAUGUUCGGCGUGCUCGCGGAGAUCGCCGGCUCUAAAUCCGGGCGUUCGCGGGGCAAAGGUGGCUCCAUGCACAUAUACGCUAAGAACUUUUAUGGUGGGAACGCUAUCGUUGGCUCUCAGAUUGCGUUGGGAGCUGGUAUUGCUUUCGCGCACAAGUAUCGCAACGAUGGUGGCGUUUGCUUUGCCGUGUAUGGCGACGGCGCGGCUAACCAGGGCCAGGCGUUUGAAGCGUACAAUAUAGCCAAACUUUGGGAUCUGCCUUGUGUGUUUGUUUGUGAAAAUAAUACAUACGGAAUGGGCACGAGCAUUAAGCGAUCGUCAGCCAGCACAGAAUUUUAUAAGCGUGGCAAUUACAUCCCCGGAAUUUGGGUGGAUGGAAUGGAUGUUUUAGCAAGUAGAGAAGCUGCUCGUUAUUCUAUCGAACAUUGUACCAGUGGUAAAGGUCCAUUAAUUAUUGAGAUGGAAACCUACCGGUAUACUGGACACUCUAUGUCCGAUCCUGGAACAUCUUAUCGGACGAGGGAAGAAGUAAAACAAAUGCGAGAGAAAAGGGAUCCUAUUAAAAUGUUUAGAGAGAAAGUUACAAGCACUGGGCUGGUCACCGCAGAGAAACUUAAGGAAAUCGCUAGUCGUAUUCGCGAAGAAAUUAUCGAAGCAAUAGAGAGGACAAAAUUAGAAAAAGAAAGCAUUCCGGAAGAUGUUGCCGCAGAUAUUUAUCAAAAAAAUCUUCAUCCAUUUAUAAGGGGUAUAAGACCUGACACGCCUUUGGAACACGUAAAUUUUUAUAAAGGGGAAAAUGUUUUUAUUCCAUUGGAAAAUAAAACGAAAGAGAUUUAAGUUUCGUACUAUCGAAAUUGCGUGUAUUUAGGGAAUAAAAUUCGAUAUUUCUUUAAAGAGUUGUAUAAAUUACAAAGAGGGAUUCUUUUAGAGAUUUGUGGUAAGUUUUUAGA